AUGGGUGGACAUGUCCGCAUUCAUCCUCAGUGUGGCGCGUGCGGCUUCACAUUUACCGAGUACGAGGCAGUUGUUGCGCUCUGUCAAGAAGGCGAUGAUGCCAUUGCGAUCGCUUCCUCAACACUAGAAUAUCGGCAUACGGCGAAUUGCGAUGGUAUAUGCACGCUUGGAAGAGUAUAUUGCCGCUAUCCUGACUGCAAAGAGUGUGCCUCCUCUGCGCCGACCGUCACGAUUCACGAGGAAUGCCUCGACUUCCUUGAGCAGCUGACUACAGCGGAAGAUAAACUGUCGUGGCUGUGGACUGCCGCGACGUGGAGAAGUCCGUGGAAUGGCGCACCGCCUCUGCAGCAGGCCCUUUCUCCUGUUAUUGAUGCUGGGCAAUUCAUCGAUCGGGCGGCUCAGGCCUGUGAGAUGCCCGGUCUGUCGUCGUUGCCCAAAGAAUUGGCACUCAUGAUUUACGAACAAUCUGACCGAAGCUGUUUACACCGGUGUUUGGCUUUCUGGUCCUAUGCGCGAUGGUGGAAUCGGUCGCACCAAAAAAUGCCAAAAACGAUCCCCAUCGAAGAGAUCGAAGAGUGGCAUCGCGGUUCACAUCCGGUGAUGAACAAGGGCGCUAGACACGGCGAAGUGGAGAGUGAUGUGCAGAAACCCAUUAUUAUCCUUUCGAUCGAUUUCCAAGGCUUGCGGAGUAUAACAAGGGUGCAAAAGGGCGACACUACUAGCUAUACGAAUGCCAACGAUAACCUCUUGCAAUCCGAUACAGUCGUAUAUGUCGUCGAGGCAGCUGAAUGCUUUGCUUCUGCGCAAGUGGAAUACAAUUAUCCAUUUGCGCGACUUCAGCUUACGGGUAGGCCUGAGCAAUUCCGUGUCUGGGAUACACCUUCGCCCCCACAAUGGCAAGAGUGCGUUGUAGAUACAGACUACGAUUCUGCUUCGCGUGCAAAGAGCCAUCUGUCGACUAUUGAUACGCGCAGCACUACGGGACUUACAUUUUUUACAUGUUUUGCCCGGAUAUGGGCUAUCCAUGCACACACAAAUAGACGGCCUUCUGCGCAGAGUACAUUCGAUAUGUUGAGUCCCAAAAUUCAAGCUUUUGUCCAUUGGAUUCAUGUUCCUUUUGGCUCUGAAGACAAACUUACCGCUUUUGGCUGGAGCCAUACUGAAUUUAAUGCGCGUUUCUUCCUGCGUUUGAAAUUGGCAGGGGAUAUAAUUGUGGGGUCGACGUAUAAGAUGAAUGACGAAAACGUGCAGUUGAUCCAGCAUCCUCUCACUCUUAUCUACGAGAGACCAGAUAGCGAGGGGGUACACGUUGUAGGUGGCCACGCUGGCGGUGCUGCGCCUUUGGCGGCUAUGCAGCUGGAAGCGGAUGAGGCAAAAGAUGCUGAGGCGGAGCCUACAUUUACCUUCCAAUAUAGGAAACAACCAUUCAGAUCUGCCAGUUACUCAUCAGCACCCCUCAGCAAUGUCAUUCGAACUCACGUGUUUUAUGGAAAACACUUGUCGACUUUAUGGUCAAGCACAAUGUGA